UGAAGAAGCAGUGAUUCUGAGUGUUUGACUAACUUCCCUGAAAACUUUAGAAACUUUAGCCACAAACUGGAGACAUUCUUGUUGUUUUUUUAAUGUUAGUGAUGAAUGAAACUCGCAAGGCGAAAUUUCAGCCGCCUGAGGCUCAUUGGGAGCUAUUUGCGUUAGUGCAUGGAUGACCGGACUAUCUAACCUCACUGAGUGUUAAAUGGGACAUCGCUCAGUUAAUUAUUGACAAGGUCAGCUGUUGGCAGGUUUGUAAGAGAGAGAGGCAUCACGUUUUAAAAAGGAGCCGUGAUAUAUACAAGGCACAGUCAGAGGACUACUAUCAACAGAGGAGAAAAUGUCUCCCUUGGAAGAUUUAGUUUUCUUCCUCUUCUCCAGUCCUACCACUCUGCUGGGGGCUGUUGCAGUCCUGCUCGUCCUGUCUUGUCUUGUUUCCGGCAGUUUCACCUCACAGGAACAAGUGAAGGAGCCUCCAGGACCGAGGCCUCUGCCCCUGCUCGGCAACCUAUUGCAUCUGGAUCUCAAGAGACCCGACAAAACCCUGUGUGAACUUUCAAAGAAAUACGGAUCUGUAUUUAAGGUUUACUUUGGAACCAACAAAGUGGUUGUGUUGUCUGGAUACAAGACAGUAAAAGAGGCUCUGGUCAGCCACACAGAAGAGUUUGGAGAUCGUUACAUUUCCCCCCUUGUGUAUGAUGCCAACCAAGGUCAUGGAAUUCUGUUUGCAAAUGGAGAAUCCUGGAAAGAGAUGAGACGUUUUGCUCUCUCCACCCUGAGAGACUUUGGGAUGGGCAAAAGAGUUGCUGAGGAUAAAAUCCUAGAGGAAUGCUGCCAUCUGAUUAAAAUCUUUGAAGAGCAUCAAGGGAAACCAUUUGAUACCACAUGUCCAGUGAAUUAUGCAACAUCCAAUAUUAUCUCCUCUAUUGUGUAUGGAAGCAGAUUUGAAUACAGUGACCCUCGAUUCAAAAAGUUGGUGAAACGAGCCAACGAGACCAUACGCAUGACUGGUUCUGCACAAAUCCAGCUUUACAACAUGUUUCCCUGGCUGUUUAGUUGGAUAAAAAACCGGCAGCUGAUAUUAAAAAAUGUUGAGAUGUCUAUCAGAGAUGUCAAAGAUUUGAUCAAACAUCUGAAAGAGACACUGAACCCUCACAUGUGCAGGGGGCUGGUGGACUGUUUUCUGAUUAGGAAACAGAAAGAGGAGGAAUCAGGCGGUACAGAAACUCACUACCAUGAGAUGAACUUGUUAUUUACAGUGACCAACCUGUUUGCUGCUGGUACUGACACCACAGCAACUACACUAAGAUGGGGUUUGCUUUUUAUGGCCAAAUAUCCACAAAUACAAAACCAGGUCCAGGAAGAGUUGAGCAGGGUUGUUGGAAGCCGUCAGAUCCGGGUAGAUGACCGUAAAAACCUGCCCUACACCGACGCUGUCAUUCAUGAGACACAGAGACUCGCCAGCAUUGUCCCCAUGUCACUACCUCACAAAACCAGUCGAGACCUCACCUUCCAGGGCUACUUUAUCAAAAAGGGGACUAUUGUGUUUCCUCUGCUUACGUCUGUACUGUACGAUGAGAGUGAAUGGGAGAGCCCACACACUUUCAACCCUUCCCACUUCCUGGAUAAGGAGGGUAAAUUCAUCAGGAGAGAUGCCUUCAUGGCCUUUUCUGCAGGUCGCAGAGUGUGUCUUGGAGAGAGUCUGGCCAAGAUGGAGCUCUUCCUCUUCUUCACCACACUCCUCCAGCACUUUCAUUUCACUCCUCUACCUGGAGUGACAGAGGAUGACCUGGAUCUGACUCCUGCUGUGGGCCUCGUCUACAGUCCUUCACCUCAUGAGCUGUGUGCCAUCAGUCGACAAUGAGAAAGUUUUGUCAAUGUCUGUUGUGAUGUUUUGAUUUUUAUUUUACUCACCCUCACGCAGGAUGUAACUUCUUUACUUGUUAGUUCACCACUCCAAUUUACAUAUUGAGUAGGGAUGUGUAGAUAUAAAACUUUCGUGUUAUAAUUAUCAUAGGUAAUUAAUUUGAUUACAUUUUACAGGGGUGUAAUAAGUCAUAUUAAUCAUGUUAAAAGCAGCUCAGUGUCUCUUAGAUUCUAUACACUCUUUCAUAUUUUGGAAAAUGUAUCAUUUUUUUCUCGAUGAAACUGAUUUCUGAACAUAGGCGAGAAGGUGGCGCUGACCUUAAUGCUAGCUGCCAGCUGCUAACUUGGUUAGCAUGGUGCAUUUACAGUCGAUUAACUGUGAUAAUGCUAAUGCUAAUUUUCGAUAGUGAAAAACAGGCUUAAAAACAUUCAAACGAAACGUAUUUACUGGAAAAAUUGCAUAUCCUGCUCCAGUGUCUAGUAUGAAUGUUUUUACCUGUUAAUUUUAAUUUAAACACAAUAGGAUAAACAGCUUGUUAGAAUUUAGCUAUAUACGUAUACGCACCUUUUUUUAGUCCACAACUGCUACAGUAUGCAUAUAUUCUUGCCAUUCUUUCACUUCCAAUCAUUUUCACAUUUUUUGACUGGUGUUUUAUAUUGUGACAAAGGUAGAAAUCAUGCAAUUUAUUUACUGCAAAAUAUUGGAGCUUUUUUACUUGUCCCUGUCAUUUCUUUCUCUAAAUUGUCUACAGGGUGUUUUAAUGGAGACAUAAAAUAAAAUUGUAUUUAAACUUAUUGAUGAUUUUAUCAGUUGGUUUAUCAGGGUUGUCAUUAGUUGAACAACAUCCUAAUGUUUGUUUGUGCAUGUGA